AAAAUCAAAUGAAUAAAAUAAGACUUUAUUCCUUUUAUUGUUAGUUUUAAUUUUAACAUUUAAAUACGUACUCCGUAGUAAUUAUUCACUCAUAAUAAAAUCCAAUAAUCCUGUAAAAAAAAUAAAUAAAAAAAAUAAACCAAUAAAAAUGAAGGACUAUAAAAGAAAUCGAACUGUCAGUCCCUGAAAAGCUCUUCUUCAACUCUCAACUCCCGAGUUUGGGACAUCAAAACCUCGUUUCAGAGAAACAAACACAAAUUAUACGAGGAGAGAGAAACUCAGUGUGAUUUCUACAACCUAAAACUCCUUAAAUUCAACUAAUUAUCUGUUAUUCAAUCUUCUUGACCUAAUUUUCCCCCCAAAUUCAGCAAAAAAAUUCAUCUUGAAAGCAGAGAAAUUUUUCCCAGAAAUCGAAAUUCACAAUUCGGCAUUUCAAACGCAGUCUUAUCUGUGCUGGGUUUCUCCCAGGGUCACUCUGAAGUCAAAUUGAUUCAGAGUGUAAAACCCUAGAAAUAUUUCAUCAGAUUUUUCUGAGAAUUUUUUAGGGCUUUUCCCUAAAUUAUUUUCCCGCCAUGAGUCCAAUUCAGAAUUUUGAGCAGCAUUCUAAUCUUCUCAUCGACCAUGACCUUCCAAUACAAACAAGACUACAGAUGGCGAUGGAGGUACGGGAUAGUCUAGAGAUAGCACACACGGCUGAGUACUUGAAUUUCUUAAAAUAUUACUUUCGGGCGUUCUCGGUGAUUCUUCUUCAGAUAACAAAGCCACAGUUCACUGAUAACCCUGAACAUAAGCUCCGUAACAUUGUGGUUGAGAUUUUAAACCGUUUGCCGCAUAGUGAAGUUCUUCGACCCUUUGUUCAGGACUUGUUAAAGGUUGCAAUGCAAGUUCUCACUACUGAUAAUGAAGAAAAUGGAUUGAUCUGUAUUCGAAUUAUAUUUGACUUGCUUAGGAAUUUCCGGCCUACACUCGAGGCUGAAGUACAGCCAUUUCUUGACUUUGUGUGUAAAAUAUACCAUAAUUUUAGUUUGACAGUGAGCCAUUUCUUUGAUAAUGGGGGUGCAAUGGUAGCCGUUCCCCCUAUUGGCACGCCUGGAGGUGGUGAUGAUAUUAAGCCAAUGGAUACGUCUGAUCAGUUGACUCCUUCCAGCAGCAGCGGGCUUAGUGGUGCUGCUACUGGCUAUCAUGGAUCUGGUCAGCUAAAUCCCAGCACAAGGUCAUUUAAAAUUGUUACUGAGAGUCCGUUGGUGGUCAUGUUUUUGUUCCAAUUAUAUAGCCGGCUUGUUCAGACUAAUAUCCCUAAUUUGUUGCCACUUAUGGUGGGGGCUAUCUCUGUUCCUGGUCCCGAAAAGGUGCCUCCCCAUUUAAAGACUCAAUUUAUCGAAUUAAAGGGCGCACAAGUUAAGACUGUUUCUUUUUUGACAUACCUCCUGAAGAGUUUUGCUGACUAUAUCAGGCAGUAUGAGGAGAGCAUUUGUAAAAGUAUUGUUAACUUGCUCGUUACAUGUUCUGACUCUGUCUCCAUUCGGAAGGAAUUACUGGUAGCCCUGAAACAUGUUCUUGGAACAGAUUUUAAGAGGGGUCUAUUUCCGUUAAUUGAUACCUUGUUGGAAGAGAGGGUUCUUGUUGGGAGUGGACGGGCCUGUUAUGAAACAUUGAGGCCACUGGCUUAUAGCUUACUAGCAGAGAUAGUACAUCACGUUCGAGGAGAUCUCUCCCUGCCACAGCUUUCACGUAUCAUAUACUUAUUCUCAAGCAACAUGCAUGAUGCCUCGCUAACAUUGAGUAUUCACACCACAUGUGCUCGCCUGAUGCUGAAUCUGGUUGAACCAAUUUAUGAAAAGGGGGUUGAUCAAACGUCAAUGGAUGAAGCACGGAUUUUGCUGGUCCGGAUAUUGGAUUCUUUUGUUGGGAAGUUUAGUACUUUCAAGCACUCAAUUCCCCAGCUGCUCGAGGAGGGUGAGGAAGGAAAAGAUCGAGCUUCAUUGAGGUCAAGGUUGGAGCUUCCAGUUCAGGCUGUAUUAAACUUGCAAGUGCCGACUGAACAUGCCAAGGAAGUCAAUGAUUGUCGACAUCUGGUCAAGACCUUAAUUAUGGGAAUGAAGACUAUUUUUUGGACAAUAACUCAUGUUCAUACUCCUCAUAUGCAGGCUUCAGCUGUUCAUGGGGCGCAUCAGCAAAUGUUGCCAACAAAUGGUUUGCCUGCAUUCAAAGGCUUGAGGGAAGAUGAGGUAUGGAAAGCCUGUGGUGUUCUGAAAAGUGGUGUGCAUUGCCUGGUAAUUUUUAAGGAUACUGAUGAUGAAAAGGAAAUGCUUGGGCACUUUUCCCAAACUUUAGCUAUUUUGGAACCUCGAGAUCUGAUGGAUAUGUUCUCACUUUGCUUGCCUGAGCUUUUUGAAUGCAUGACCUCGAACAAUCAGCUAGUUCAUAUAUUUUCUACGUUGCUGCAAACACCGAAGGUUUUCCGUCCAUUUUCAGAUGUUCUGAUCAAUUUUCUUGUUAGCAGUAAGCUUGAUGUUCUGAAACAACCAGAUUCCCCCGCUGCAAAAUUAGUCUUGCACCUCUUUCAUUUAUUGUUUGCAGCUGUUGCAAAAUAUCCUUCAGAGUCAGAACGUAUACUAUUGCCUCAUGUUCCUGUUAUUAUUGAAGUGUGCAUGAAAAACACCACUGAAGUUGAGAGGCCUAUUGGCUAUCUACAGCUGCUUCGAACAAUGUUUCGUGCACUUGCUGGUGGAAAAUUUGAACUUAUAUUGCGAGACUUGAUUCCUUUACUACAACCUUGUCUGAAUAUGUUACUUGCCGUGCUUGAGGGACCUGCUGGAGAGGACGUGAGGGAACUUCUUUUGGAAUUGUGCUUAACUUUGCCUGCACGUUUAAGUUCUUUGUUGCCGUUCCUUCCCCGUCUUAUGAAGCCAUUGGUUUUAUGCUUAAAAGCAAGCGAUGAACUUGUUAGUUUGGGGUUGAGGACUCUAGAAUUCUGGAUAGACAGCUUAAAUCCUGACUUUCUUGAGCCCAGUAUGGCAAAUGUUAUGUCAGAAGUAAUUUUGGCAUUGUGGUCUCAUUUAAGACCUGCGCCAUACCCUUGGGGUGGAAAGUGUUUGCAACUUCUUGGGAAGCUAGGUGGACGUAAUAGACGUUUCCUGAAAGAGCCACUGGCACUGGAAUGCAAGGAAAAUCCAGAGCAUGGGAUUCGUGUGAUUCUUACCUUUGAGCCAGGAACCCCAUUCUUGGUGCCUUUAGAUCGCUGCAUAAACCUUGCUAUAGCUACUGUCAUGCAAAAAAAUGGACAAGUAGAAUCGUUCUAUAGAAAGCAGGCCUUAAAGUUUCUUCAUGUGUGCCUAUCUGCUCAGCUGAAUUUGCCUGGAAACAUUUCUGAUGAGGGUUUUACCCUGGACAAGCUGUCAAAAAUGUUAUCGUCCGGAGAUUUGUCCUGGCGAAGAUGUGAAACUUCAGAUGUCAAGGCAGAGUAUGGUGUAAAGACAAAGACUCAGCUUAUGGCUGAGAAAUCUGUUUUCAAGAGUCUUUUAAUGACUGUCAUCUCAUCCAGUGCUGAACCAGAUCUUCUUGACUCAGAGGAUGAUUUUGUAGUUAAUAUCUGUCGUCAUUUUGCUCUGAUGUUUCACGUUGAUUAUUCCUCUACCAACACUUCUACAACAUCUACAGUUGGGGGUCCUACGCUUUCGUCAAAUACAAAUUUAGGUUCUAGGCCUAGAGGAAGUACAGGAUCGAACCUUAGAGAGCUGGAUCCCUUAAUAUUUUUAGAUGCUUUGGUUGAUGUGUUAGCGGAUGAAAACAGGCUGCAAGCGAAGGCUGCUCUGAAUGCAUUAAACACAUUUUCUGAAUCCCUUCUGUUCUUGGCUCGUUCAAGGCACAAUGAUGUGCUAAUGUCAAGAGGAGGUCCUGCAACACCUAUGAUUGUCUCUAGCCCAUCAAUGAAUCCUGUGUAUUCUCCACCACCUAGUGUCCGUGUCCCUAUUUUUGAGCAACUUUUGCCCCGUCUAUUGCAUUUAUGUUAUGGAGUUACAUGGCAAGCUCAAAUGGGAGGUGUAGCAGGACUGGGGGCCUUGGUGGGGAAGGUCACUGUUGAGACUCUUUGUCACUUUCAAGUUAAAAUCGUCCGAGGUUUGAUAUAUGUCUUGAAAAGGCUUCCAAUAUAUGCAAAUAAGGAGCAGGAAGAAACAAGCCAGGUUUUAAUGCAGGUGCUGCGUGUGGUGAACAAUGUUGAUGAAGCAAACAGUGAAUCCCGGAGGCAGAGUUUCCAUGGUGUUGUUGAAUAUCUUGCGUCAGAGCUUUUUAAUGCAAAUGCAUCAAUAAAUGUGAGGAAAACUGUGCAGUCAUGUUUAGCCUUGCUUGCUAGUCGGACGGGUAGUGAGGUGUCUGAAUUGCUUGAGCCUUUGUAUCAACCUUUACUUCAGCCCCUUAUCAUGCGCCCUCUUCGUUCAAAGACAGUUGAUCAACAGGUGGGAACAGUUACUGCAUUAAAUUUCUGUUUGGCCUUAAGGCCGCCUCUCCUGAAGUUGACCCCAGAAUUAGUUAGUUUCCUGCAAGAAGCUUUGCAUAUUGCAGAGGCUGAUGAGACUGUGUGGGUUGUGAAGUUUAUGAAUCCCAAAGUUGCUACAUCUUUGAAUAAGCUUCGCACAGCUUGCAUUGAGUUACUUUGCACUGCAAUGGCCUGGGCAGAUUUCAAGACAGCAAAUCAUGCUGAAUUGCGUUCAAAGAUCAUAUCCAUGUUCUUCAAGUCCCUGACUUGUCGUACUCCAGAAAUUGUUGCUGUUGCCAAGGAAGGCCUGAGACAGGUUAUUCAGCAACAGAGGAUGCCCAAAGAACUUCUCCAGACCAGCCUCAGACCCAUCUUAGUUAACUUGGCAUAUACCAAAAAUCUCAGUAUGCCUUUGUUGCAAGGUCUUGCCCGCUUGCUUGAACUUUUAUCUACCUGGUUUAAUGUUACCCUUGGUGGUAAACUGUUGGAGCAUCUUAAGAAAUGGCUAGAACCUGAAAAACUUGCACAGAGCCAGAAAUCAUGGAAGGCUGGUGAAGAACCAAAGAUUGCUGCAGCUAUUAUCGAGCUGUUUCACCUUCUCCCCAGCGCUGCUGGAAAGUUCCUUGAUGAACUUGUAACUCUAAUUAUUGACUUGGAAGGGGCUCUCCCACCUGGACAAUUCUACAGCGAGAUUAAUAGUCCGUACCGUCUUCCACUUACAAAGUUUUUAAAUCGCUAUCCAACAGCUUCUGUUGAAUACUUCCUCGCUCGAUUGAGUCUGCCACAAUAUUUUAGACGGUUUAUGUAUAUAAUAAGGUCUGAUGCUGGACAGCCCCUAAGAGAGGAACUUGCAAAGUCACCUCAGAAAAUAAUAGCAAGUGCAUUUCCCGAGUUUCUGCCAAAAUCAGAGCAACCAACUGUUUCAGGAUCUGCUGCUACACCUUCCACUCAGCCGGGUGAUGAAGCCCAUGCUGCUCCUCCUUCUGAAAGCUCUAGUGUACCUUCAGUUAGCACUGGUGUUUCACCAGAUGCAUUCUUUCAAGGACUUGCUUUGAUCAAAACUCUGGUCAAAUUGAUGCCCAUUUGGCUGCAGAACAACCGUAAUUUGUUUGAUGCUCUUGUAUUAGUUUGGAAGUCACCUGCAAGAGUUGCGCAUUUGAAUAAAGAGCAGGAGUUGAACCUUGUUCAAGUCAAAGAAAGCAAAUGGCUUGUGAAAUGCUUUUUGAAUUAUUUGCGGCAUGACAAGACUGAAGUGAAUGUGUUAUUUGAUAUUCUUUCCAUAUUUUUAUAUCACUCACGGAUUGAUUAUACUUUCUUGAAGGAAUUUUAUAUCAUUGAGGUUGCAGAGGGAUAUUCACCUGACUUGAAGAAAACACUCCUGUUACACUUUUUGGACAUUUUCCAGUCAAAACAACUGAGUCAUGAACACGUAGUGGUGAUAAUGCAAAUGCUUAUAUUGCCGAUGUUAGCUCAUGCCUUCCAGAAUGGUCAAAGUUGGGAGGUUGUUGAUCCAAGCAUUAUUAAAACAAUCGUUGAUAAACUUCUUGAUCCUCCUGAAGAGGUUUCUGCUGAAUAUGAUGAACCAUUACGCAUAGAGCUUUUGCAGCUUGCCACACUGCUUCUGAAAUAUCUUCAAGGCGACCUUGUUCAGCAUAGAAAAGAGCUUAUUAAGUUCGGUUGGAAUCAUCUUAAACGUGAAGACAGUGCUAGUAAACAGUGGGCAUUUGUCAAUGUUUGUCACUUCUUAGAAGCUUAUCAGGCCCCAGAGAAAAUCAUACUACAGGUGUUUGUUGCUCUUCUGAGAACUUGCCAACCAGAGCAUAAGAUGUUGGUGAAGCAAGCAUUGGAUAUAUUGAUGCCAGCAUUACCACGAAGAUUACCUCCUGGAGAUAAUCGUAUGCCAAUUUGGAUACGAUAUACUAAGAAAAUCCUCGUUGAAGAAGGCCACUCAAUUCCUAAUUUGAUUCACAUUUUCCAGCUCAUUGUCCGUCAUUCAGAUCUUUUUUAUGCCUGCAGAGCACAGUUUGUACCUCAAAUGGUAAAUUCUCUUAGUCGACUAGGUUUGCCUUACACAACGACUGCAGAGAAUCGGCGUCUUGCUAUUGAAUUGGCUGGGUUAGUUGUGAAUUGGGAGAGACAAAGGCAAAGUGAAAUGAAGGCUGUAGCUGGGACUGAUACUUCAACCCAAAAUUCUGAUGUUUUAAGUUCCGGUAUGGCUGGUGUCGACUCCAAACGUUCCACAGAGGGAUCAGCAGUUCCUGAGGAUCCGAGUAAGCGUGUAAAGAUUGAACCUGGAAUCCAAUCCUUUUCUGUUACAUCUCCACCAGGUGCUGCUUCCAUUCCUAACAUUGGAACCCCGGGGUCUGCUACUCAGGCAGAUGAGGAGUUCAAACCAAAUGCUGCAAUGGAAGAAAUGAUAAUUAAUUUUUUGAUUAGGGUGGCCCUGGUGAUAGAGCCCAAAGACAGGGAAGCAAGUUUAAUGUACAAACAGGCUCUAGAUCUACUCUCACAAGCUUUGGAAGUGUGGCCACAUGCUAAUGUGAAAUUUAAUUAUCUUGAGAAGUUGCUCAGCAGUAUUCAGCCAUCUCAAUCAAAAGAUCCUUCCACUGCUCUUGCUCAGGGCUUGGAUGUUAUGAACAAAGUUUUGGAAAAGCAGGCACAAUUAUUCAUAAAAAACAACAUUAGCCAAAUAUCUCAAAUUCUUGAACCAUGUUUUAAAUACAAGAUGUUAGAUGCCGGGAGGUCAUUGUGCUCGUUGCUGAAGAUUGUUUUUCUCACAUUUCCCAUGGAUUCAACCAGCACUCCGUCUGAAGUGAAGAUAUUGUACCAGAAAGUUCAAGAAUUGAUAGAGAAACAAAUUGCAGCUGUCACUGCUCCUCAGACAUCUGGAGAUGAUACAGUGGCCAGUUCUAUCAGCUUUGUGCUUUUGGUCAUUAAGACUUUGAUGGAGGUGCAAAAGAACCUAGUUGAUCCUUCCUUGUUGGUCCGAAUACUUCAGCGCCUGGCACGUGAUUUGGGAUCACUUGCAGGUACUCAAGCUAGACAGGGUCAAAGACUGGAUCCAGAUUCAGUGACCUCAUCUCGUCAUGGUGCUGAUGUAGGAGCUGUCAUCUCUAAUAUAAAAUUGGUCUUGAAACUUAUUGGUGAACGAGUCAUGCUUGUGCCAGAUUUUAAAAGAUCUAUUACACAAAUUCUCAAUGCUGUUCUCUCAGAGAAGGUUACUGAUGCAAGUGUUCUACUUUGUAUAUUGGAUGUGAUAAAAGGGUUGAUUGAGGAUGACUUCAGUAAACCAACUGCGUCUGGCACGAUGACUAGUUUUCUUAACCCAAAAGAUACGGUAUCUUUUCUUCAGAAGAUUUCCCAAGUUGACAAACAGAAUUUUUCCCCAAGUCAACUUGAAGAAUGGGACCAGAAGUACCUGGAGCUUCUCUAUGGAAUCUGUGCCGAUUCAAAUAGAUACCCUCUUCCCUUGCGGCAAGAAGUAUUUCAGAAAGUAGAAAGGCAGUACAUGCUUGGUUUGAGGGCAAAGGAUCCUGAAACUAGAAAGAAGUAUUUUUUGCUGUAUCAUGAAUCUCUUGGAAAAACAUUAUUUGCUAGGUUGCAUUACAUCAUUCAAAUUCAGGACUGGGAUGCUUUAAGUGAUGUCUUUUGGCUUAAACAAGGCCUUGAUCUUCUUCUUGCCCUGUUGGUAGAGGAUCAGUCAAUUACACUUGCUCCUAACACUGCGAGAUUGCAGCCUCUUGUUACUUCAAAUAAUAGUCCUGAAGGUUCUGCAAUGCAGCACCAGGUGUCUGAAGUUCCAGAUCCUGUUCCACUGACGUUUGAAGGUCUUGUUAACAAGCAUGCUCAUUUUCUGAAUAAGAUGAGCAGACUACAGGUGGCUGAUCUUCUUGUGCCACUGAAAGAACUUGCUCACACAGAUGCAAAUGUUGCAUAUCAUCUGUGGGUGUUGGUAUUUCCUAUAGUCUGGGUGAGCUUAAACAAAGACGAACAGGUUGCUCUGGCUAAGCCUAUGAUUGCUCUCUUAUCAAAGGAUUGUCUUAAGAAACAACAAACACAUAGACCAAAUGUUGUGCAAGCUCUCUUGGAAGGACUUCAGCUUAGCCAUCCACAACCUCGGAUGCCUAGUGAACUUAUUAAAUAUAUUGGAAAGACGUACAAUGCUUGGCAUAUUGCAUUGGCCCUGCUAGAAAGUCAUGUCAUGUUGUUCAUGAAUGAUACCAAGUGUUCUGAAUGUCUUGCUGAGCUAUAUCGUCUGCUUAACGAAGAGGACAUGAGGUGUGGGUUGUGGAAGAAGCGGUCUGUUACAGCUGAAACUAGAGCUGGGCUCUCACUUGUGCAACAUGGCUACUGGCAGCGUGCUCAAAGCCUGUUUUAUCAGGCCAUGGUCAAGGCAACUCAAGGGACCUAUAAUAACACUGUUCCCAAGGCUGAGAUGUGCCUAUGGGAGGAGCAAUGGCUUUAUUGUGCUGGCCAACUUAGUCAAUGGGAGGCCCUGGCAGAUUUUGGGAAGUCCAUUGAAAAUUAUGACAUCUUACUCGAUAGUCUAUGGAAAGUUCCUGAUUGGGCUUAUAUGAAAGAUCAUGUUAUCCCUAAUGCUCAAGUAGAAGAAACACCGAAGCUCAGAGUGAUUCAGGCCUACUUUGCACUCCAUGACAAAAAUGUUAAUGGUGUCGGAGAUGCAGAAAAUAUUGUUGGGAAAGGUGUUGACCUUGCUUUAGAACAGUGGUGGCAAUUGCCGGAAAUGUCUGUGUAUGCUAGGAUACCCCUUCUGCAGCAAUUUCAGCAGCUAGUUGAGGUUCAGGAAUCUGCUAGAAUUCUUGUAGACAUUGCAAAUGGAAACAAACAUGCUGGGAACUCUUCUGGUGGUGGACAUGGGGGAAUUUAUGCAGAUCUAAAAGAUAUUCUUGAGACUUGGAGAUUGAGGACACCAAAUGAAUGGGAUAACAUGACAGUUUGGUAUGAUUUGUUGCAAUGGAGAAAUGAAAUAUACAAUGCUGUCAUAGAUGCUUUUAAAGAUUUUGGUUCAACCAAUCCUCAACUUCAUCACCUUGGCUAUCGUGACAAAGCAUGGAAUGUCAAUAAGCUUGCUCAUAUUUCUCGUAAACAAGGGCUUUAUGAUGUGUGUGUCACCAUUCUUGAAAAAAUGUACGGCCACUCUACUAUGGAGGUGCAGGAGGCCUUUGUUAAAAUCAGAGAACAAGCAAAAGCUUAUCUUGAAAUGAAGGGAGAAGUAACCAGUGGAUUGAAUCUGAUCAAUAGCACCAAUCUUGAAUAUUUUCCAGUCAAGCACAAAGCAGAAAUUUUUCGUCUGAAAGGAGACUUCUUAUUAAAGCUAAAUGACUGUGAAACUGCUAAUCGAGAGUAUUCUAAUGCCAUCAGUCUUUUCAAAAACCUGCCAAAAGGAUGGAUUAGUUGGGGAAAUUAUUGUGACAUGGCAUAUAAAGAAACACAUGAUGAAAUUUGGCUGGAGUAUGCUGUUAGUUGUUUUCUUCAAGGUAUCAAAUUUGGUAUUCCCAACUCAAGAAGCUAUCUAGCUCGUGUUCUUUACCUUCUCAGUUUUGAUACCCCUAAUGAACCUGCUGGAAGAGCAUUUGACAAAUAUCUGGAACAAAUACCUCAUUGGGUAUGGCUUUCCUGGAUUCCUCAAUUACUGCUUUCAUUGCAGCGAACAGAAGCUCCCCACUGCAAGCUUGUCCUCCUGAAAAUUGCCACAGUAUAUCCACAGGCUUUGUACUAUUGGCUGCGCACAUAUUUACUUGAGCGCCGUGAUGCUGCUAAUAAAUCCGAAAUUGGGAGAUUGGCUAUGGCUCAGAACAGAAUGCAGCAAAACCCUUCUUCUGGUGGUCCUAAUUCACUUAGUUUGAAUGAUGGGGCUACAAGAAUGCAAAACCACGGUGUUAUAUCAUCAGAGAAUCAGGUUCAUCAGGUGUCUCAAUCUGGUAGUGGUAUCAACUCUCAUGAUGGUGGAAUUAUAAGCGGUCAAGAGUCAGAGAGAUCUGCUGCUGGGGAAGGAGGCACUGUAUCCGGUAGUGAAUCACAUCUGCCGCACAAUUCAUCAAAUAUCAAUGAUGGUGGUCAAAAUGCACUAAGGCGUAGUGGUGCUAUGAGUUUGAUGGCUUCUGCUGCCAGUGCUUUUGAUGCUGCAAAGGAUAUAAUGGAGGCUCUCAGGAGCAAGCAUACUAAUCUUGCCAGCGAGCUUGAGAUUUUGCUCACAGAGAUUGGAUCAAGGUUUGUCACUUUGCCAGAGGAGAGACUUCUAGCAGUAGUUAAUGCUCUGCUUCAUCGGUGUUAUAAAUAUCCUACUGCAACUACUGCAGAGGUUCCUCAGUCUCUUAGGAAGGAGCUUUCUGGUGUCUGUAGGGCUUGCUUCUCAGCUGAUGCUGUGAACAAGCAUGUAGAAUUUGUGCGAGAGUACAAGCAAGAUUUUGAACGUGAUCUUGAUCCAGAUAACGCUACUACCUUCCCAGGAACACUUUCUGAACUCACUGAGAGAUUGAAGCACUGGAAAAAUAUUUUGCAAAGCAACGUUGAAGACAGAUUUCCUGCUGUGCUGAAGCUUGAAGAGGAAAGCAGGGUUUUACGUGAUUUCCAUGUUGUUGAUGUUGAGGUUCCUGGGCAGUAUUUUACUGAUCAGGAAAUUGCACCUGAUCAUACAGUAAAAUUAGAUCGGGUUGGCCCCGAUAUUCCAAUUGUACGAAGGCAUGGUAGUAGUUUUCGUCGCUUGACGCUAAUUGGAUCAGAUGGUUCACAGCGUCAUUUUAUUGUCCAAACAUCCCUUACUCCAAAUGCUAGGAGUGAUGAACGCAUGCUUCAACUGUUCCGUGUGAUGAAUCGCAUGUUCGAUAAGCACAAGGAGUCUAGAAGGCGGCAUAUCUGCAUCCAUACCCCAAUCAUAAUACCUGUUUGGUCCCAGGUUCGCAUGGUAGAAGAUGAUUUGAUGUACAGUACAUUACUUGAGGUUUAUGAGAACCAUUGUGCGAGAAAUGACCGUGAAGCUGAUCUUCCCAUCACCAUUUUUAAGGAGCAGCUUAACCCGGCUAUGGCUGGUCAAAUAUCACCAGAAGCUAUUGUUGAUCUCCGCCUCCAUGCUUAUAAUGAAGUAACAAGGAGUCGUGUGCCUGAUAACAUAUUGUCACAAUUCAUAUACAAGACAUUACUAAAUGGAAACCAUAUGUGGGCUUUUAAAAAACAAUUCGCAACCCAGUUGGCUCUCUCGUGUUUCAUUUCAUACAUGCUGCAAAUUGGGGGGCGUUCGCCUAAUAAAAUUCUAUUUGCCAAGAACACGGGAAAGAUUUUUCAGACAGAUUUCCACCCAGCAUAUGAUGCUAAUGGGAUGGUUGAAUUUAAUGAGCCUGUGCCAUUCCGUCUCACUAGAAAUAUGCAGGCUUUCUUUUCUCAUUUUGGUGUGGAGGGACUCAUCAUCUCUGCUAUGUGUGCUGCAUCUCAAGCUGUUACAACGCCAAAGCAAAACCAGCAUAUGUGGCAUCACUUGGCUAUGUUUUUCCGUGAUGAGCUGCUGUCAUGGUCUUGGAGAAGACCACUUGGAAUGCCUUCGGCUCCCGUUCCUGGUGGUGGUCUAAGUCCAGCAGAUUUCAAGCACAAGGUGACAACAAAUGUCGAGCAUGUUAUUGGUCGUAUCAAUGUAAUAGCUCCCCAGAGUUUGACUGACGAGGAUGAGAAUGCCAUGGACCCCCCGCAGUCGGUUCAAAGGGGUGUGGCAGAGCUCGUUGAAGCUGCAUUGAGCCCUCGAAAUUUGUGCAUGAUGGACCCAACUUGGCAUCCAUGGUUUUAAUCUUUGCACAAUGUACAGUUUUGCUAAAAUGAUCAUGUUUGAUAUAGGCUCCUGCCAAUUGUAUAUAUAAUGUACAUAUGUAGUUCUAUAGUUGAAAUAGGUGAUGGGGAAGGCGAGUACUUGCAGAAUUGCAUGUUUAAAUUAUUCAUCCGUCCGUAGUUGUCCCCUUAAUGUUUUAUUAUGAUUUAUGAACAAUGGAAUUGACACUCACCUAUAUUGAGCUUAAUUCUAUCCUACCUUAUAGUGGUAGUUUAAGUCAGGUAUAGAUAUGGUAAAGCUGGAACUCUCUUUUAA